CUUCGCGCUGCUAGCUGAGAAGGUGACAGGGGACGGCGAAAAUGGCCUCUGCCUAUCUUACUCACCAGCAGAAAGUGUUGCGGCUUUACAAGAAGUCACUAAGACAUCUCGAGUCGUGGUGCAUCUUUAGAGACAAAUACCGCUUCUACGCCUGCAUGCUGCGGGCUCGCUUCGAUGAGAACAAGAAUGAGAAGGACAUGGUGAAGGCCACCAUGAUGCUGAAGGCGGGAGAGGAGGAGUUCUGGGCCAACCAACAUCCCCAGCCCUACAUCUUCCCCGACUCUCCUGGAGGGACAUCAUAUGAGAGAUAUGAGUGCUACAAGGUCCCAGAGUGGGUGCUGGACCACUGGCACCCGUCGGAGAAGGCCAUGUACCCGGACUACUUCUCCAAGAGAGAGCAGUGGAAGAAACUGAGAAUGCAGAGCUGGGACAAAGAGGUCGCCCAGCUGCAGGCUGAGACUCAAGCCGGCAGCCCCAAGACCGAAGCCAUCCCUCCUGCCCGCAAAGAGGGCGACCUCCCCCCUCUGUGGUGGCAGUACGUCACCCGCCCCAGGGAGCGCCCCACAUAAACACCCUCUACCUCCUGCUGUGGGUCACCCCCCCCCCGCAGUCUGAGGGGAAACUGUACCCAACCACACAACAGCUGCACCAUCUGUCUGUAAAGAAUGUUUUAUUAGUGAUUUCUGAGGAGGUUCACCUGUGCAGGUUGUGUGGCUGAAAAGACGACCUGCCUGUAUUCACACUGAUUCUUCAGUAGAGUCAGUUUAUGGAGCUUGGUGACUUUGAGAAGUCCUGUAGAUGUUUCACUUAAUACCUGUAACUGUUCCAAUAAAUAAAUGUAUAAUGAAAA